AUGGGAAAUUGCUAGUAGUGUGAUAACUCAGAUACUAUACAGAAUCAAGAAAUUUAGACAUCUAAAACUACAAAAUCAUAACCAAAAUUGAAAAUCAAUAAUAAUGACCUUAAAGGUAUAAUUUAAAUAUAAGCAAACUUUCGAGGCUUUAUAACAAGAAAGUAUAAAUGUAAUAUUGAUAUAGAAAAUAUAAAUUUUAAUAAUGUGGAUCAAUAGCAUAAAAAUAUAGUGCUUAAAUUAAGCGAUAAAAGAGUUCACAAAAUGAUGCAGUUAUUUCUGACUGUUCUCAAAUUCAUAUUUAAUAAGUACAAUUACUACAAAAGAAGUAAUCUUAACAUGAUUAAGAUGAUCAUCGAUAAUUUUAUAAUGGUGAAGUGAAUAUUAAUAUCAAUAAAGAUGAAGAUGCUAGUUCAUAUUCUGAAGUGAGAAGUAAACAUCUAAUUAGUUUUUAAAUGAAUGAAUUAUGUUUUAUACCUUUACAUAAGAAAGAUUAAGUAAAAGUUUAAAAUGAAGAAAUAUAAAAGUUAUCAAUUUUACAAUUAAAAAAUGGAUCAUAUUAUGAGGGAUAAUGGAAAAAAGGAAUGGUUCAUGGAUUUGGUAAAUAUUCAUUAUCAGAAACAUCUUUUUAUAUAGGAGAAUGGUUUGAGAAUAAAGCAAAUGGAUUUGGUACAUUUUAACAUUCGAAUGGUGAUUUAUAUAUAGGGAUAUGGAAAGAUGGUACAGCAAAUGGUAAUGGGAAAUAUUCAUUUGCAGAUGGAACUUAUUAUGAAGGUGAAUGGUAGAAUGAUUUACCAAAUGGAUUAGGUAAACAAACAUAUGGAGGAGGAUGGAUUUAUGAGGGUAAAUGUUAAUUUAUAUUUUAAAGCUAGGAAGCUUUUAAGCUGGUUUUAAAAGUGGGUUUGGUUAAUUGAUAUAUCCUGAUGGAUCAAUAUAUGCUGGUAAAUUUGAAAAAGAUUUAAUGAAUGGUUAAGGGAUUUUGAAAUUUCCAGAUGGUAGAUUAUAUGAUGGAGAAUGGAAAAAUGCUAUGAAAAAUGGUAAUGGAUUAUUUCGAUGGCCAGAUGGUAGAACAUAUGAAGGAUAAUUUGUUAAUGAUUAAAGAGAAGGAUAUGGUACUUUAUAAUGGCCAAACGGAUAAAAAUAUCGUGGUUUAUGGAAAGAAGGACUUUAAAAUGGAAAUGGAUUAAUUAUUAAAUCUAAUGGUGUUACAUUUAGAGGUAGAUGGAUGAAAGGAAAACUUAUAGCAACAAAGCUCACUAUUAAUACUCCACUUAAAGUUAUUAAAAAUGAAUUAAAAAAUGAUAUUUUUUGA